UUUGAAUCAAAAGAACUUGCAGCAUUUCAUAAAGGAAUUAAUCAUUAAUCACAUACAAUCAUCACAUUUUGAUUCCUCUGACAUAAUAAUGCAGAUAUAGUUUUGUUUAAUUCUGUGAUUCAUCUUUACACGUUUGGUUUCUUCUCUUCAUUUGAAUUCGUACAUACAUUAUCUAAGUUUCAAGGUGGUUGAUUAUGAUUAAUGAAGUUGAAUUUUGAAGUUAACUUGGGAAAAGUGGGGAGAAAAUUACAGGGGAGAGGGGUAAGUAAAAAGCAGUGAAUGAGGUGGAAGAAAUGACACACAUGGAAAGACAGCCUAAAAGUGGGAGAAACCAAAAUAGAAGAAUUUUGGCAUACCAAAACAAAACAUGACAAGUUAGUAUAAAAGAAGGGCAUUUGGUCAGGUCUCAUCUUUCUAAAGCCUAAAUCAGCCUUCAAUAUCUUCUCUCUCCAUAUCCUUAAACUCACUCUCAACUCAACAUCAACUCCAGGCAUUGGAUGGUCCAUUUCUCUGCUUCAUUUCAACUACUUUGAGAAGGAAGAAGAAGAGGAAGCGCAGCUUUAAGAGAGCAUCUGCAAUUGAGAGUUUACUGAACUAAAGAAAGAAAAAGGAAAAGAAAUAUAUUACCCCAUUUUUUUUCCUUCUUUUCCUUCGCUCAAGGCCAACUAUAGUUUGAACUUGGUGGGGGUGGAUUUCGGGUAAGUGAUGCGAUCGGGGGGUUGUGCAGCGAACCAGACCUUCACACCGGAGGCUGCUUCAGUGCUGAAGCAAUCUCUGAGCUUGGCAAGGAGGAGAGGCCAUGCUCAGCUCACUCCUCUCCAUGUGGCUGUUACUUUGUUCAGCUCAAGGAGUAGUACCCUCUUAAGGCAAGCAUGUCUCAAAUCUCAGCCACAUCAAACUUCACAUCCUCUCCAUUGUAGGGCUCUUGAGCUUUGCUUCAACGUGGCUCUCAAUAGACUCCCAACUACACCUGGUCCUCUUUUCCAUGGCCAACCUUCUCUCUCCAAUGCACUCAUUGCAGCACUCAAAAGAGCCCAGGCAAACCAGAGAAGGGGAUGCCUAGAGCAGCAGCAGCAGCAACAUCAGCCAGUUUUAGCCAUUAAGGUAGAAUUGGAGCAGCUUAUAAUUUCCAUCUUGGAUGACCCGAGUGUCAGUAGGGUUAUGAGAGAGGCUGGGUUUUCCAGUACUCUCGUUAAGAAUAACUUGGAGGAUUCCUCUGUUUCCUCUGUUUUUCACUGUUAUAGUAGCUCCGGUGGCAUCUUCUCUUCUCCUUCUUCACCUUCUCGCACUGAUCAUCACUCUGAUCAAAGAGAUGACAUGAUUUUCAAUCCGGGGGACUUUUGGCAGACCCAUUUAUUGACUCACUCUUCUGAGCAGAAUCCACUUCCUUUUUCCCCACAAAAGAGAGUAUCCAGCGCUAACGUUAUUGCUGAAUCUGCUUCUUCUUUAAAGCUAGAUAUCAAGUUGGUGUUUGAGGCACUGCUUGGGAGGAAGAGAAAGAACACCGUGAUAAUUGGUGAUUCUCUAACAAUAAUUGAAGGUGUGAUUUCGGAGCUCAUGGGGAGAGUAGCAAGAGGAGAGGUUCCAAAUGAACUAAAAUCAACCAAAUUUAUUGAAUUUUUGCUAUCCCCUGACUCCUUAAGCUCCAUGAAAAGAGAAGAUGUCGAAACGAAGGUGGCAGAGCUGAGAAGGAACAUCGAUUCCCUAACAUCAAGAGGGUGGGGAGCCAUAAUAUAUAUUGGAGACUUGAAAUGGAUGGUUGAAACAGACGUUAGAGAGAGAGAGGAAAGUAGUUUUUCUAACAAAGAUGCUUCAGGGUUUAACCAAAUUGAUCACGUAAUUGAAGAAAUUGCGCGGUUAAUAUCCUUCCACAGCAUUUCUUGCCCAAAGUUGUGGCUAGUAGGAACAGCAAGUUAUCAGACUUACAUGAGAUGUCAAAUGAGACAGCCAACUCUUGAGACUCGAUGGGAUCUUCAAGCUGUUCCUGUUCCCUCGGAUGGAGCACUUGGCUUAAGCCUCCACACUUUCAGUCUUCAUGGCUCGAGGAUGCCUUUCUCCCAUAACCCAUCACAAGUGUGGGAAACAAAGCCAUUCAAUAUUGCUAAAGAGGGCCAAGACAAGCUCAGUUGCUGCACAGACUGCCCUUCCAGUCAUGAUAAUGAAGCUCAGCAAUUAAAGUCAAGCCAGCAGAAAGAGCUGCCUCCCUGGCUGCAGCCCUUCAGCACCCAAAUAUCCCAUAUUAAGAGUCAGGAGAAAUCCACAUUGCACAACGAUGAGAGCUCCGGUGGAAGUAACUUCCUCAGAACUUGGCCACAUCCAUUUUCAACCAGGAACAACAUCUUCCAAGAUUCAAAUACAAUCUGCUUCACUGAACCAGCAGUGAAAGCAUCCCGAAGUACAAAUCAGAUGCUUCGGUUUAGGCGGCAACAAUCCUGCAUCACUGAGUUCAAUUUCGACAGUGAGAAGUACAAAUAUCAUGAUGCAACACCAAGCUUGGACUCUCUCAAGAAUAUGGAAGAAGAUAACAGGGAAGUAAACAUUUCUCUCUCGCUAGGUGAUUCCCUGUUCAAAGAUCCGAAGAAUAAUGAAGGAAUGACACAGAGAGAUCAUGUGUGUAAGACAUUGCAAGGGAACGUGCCUUGGCAGUCAGAAAUCAUUCCUUCGAUGGCUGAAGCACUGAUUAGUUUCAAAUCAACCAAUCAAGAAUUCUCUUGGAUACUGAUAGAAGGCGAUGACCAGAUUGGCAAAAGAAGGCUGGCUCGAGCGAUUGCGGAAUCAAUCUUUGGGUCUGCUGAGCUACUCUGCAAGCUAAAUGUAAGAGGUGAUAAUGAAGCAACCCCACCUUCUCAAUUCCUCGAAAACGCAAUGAAAAAGAAAGAAAAACUGGUAGUCUUAAUUGAAGACAUCGAUAAGGCAGAUAUCCAAUUCAUGAAGUUCCUAGCAGACGGAUUUCAGGGUGGAAAAUUCGGAGAAAUAGAUGAAAAGGGUGGAAACAGUCGCCAAGUCGUAUUCGUCUUGACCAGAGGAGAGGGGAAGGAUAAGGAUACUGAAUCCGUAAUCCCAAUGACACUGAACAUUGCCAUCAACUCUGGUUUCGGAGCGCUCAGUUUGGACCAGAAGCGAAGAGCCGAAUGGGAAUCCCCAAGCAACACAAAGCAUCAAAGAACAAUCAAAGAAGAGAAAGAAGACGCAAACCCUGACGCCGUCGAAACUGCGAGAAUCAACGGGAGCCUAUCGAGGCAAUCAAGCAUGAACAAACUCGACCUCAACCUCAAAGCCGAGGAAGACGAAGAACCAGAAGACAAAACAGACGAGUGCAUACCUCAUCCCGCCGGUCGAGAAUCGGCGACAGACCUCCAAAUCGAAAGGCGAUUUCUCCAGGAGAUUCCGAACCGCUUCGUUUUCAACCAAACCCCAUCAUCAAGGAGAGAGCUGAGAGAAGCAUUCAAGUCAAAAAUCAAUCGGCCAUUUGAGGAGGUAUUCGGGAGGCAGAAACUGGCGAAUUUCAGCGUGGAAGAGAGGUUGUUGGAUGCGAUUUCAUCAGGGUCGGGCUCCUUCACGAACAGCGUAUUCGAUAAAUGGGUGACGGAGAUCUUCGAAACGACCUUGCGCGGCGUCGGAUUUGGCGGGCAAGAAGGCGCCGACGUGAGGCUUUGCUUGGGCGGGAAGGAAGAUGGCGCCAUGGAAAAUGGGUUCGUCGGAACUUCUCUGCCCCAAUCCAUAAGGCUUUCGUUUAUGGACUGAUCGAAUUAGGGCUUCUUCUGCAAUCGAUCCAUUAAGAACAGAAGGAAAAGUCCGAGAUGCCCUCUCUGUAACUCUUUUUUUUUUUCUUGUCUUUAAUUUUCUCAAUGGAUAAUCCUUGAAGGAAAAGGGGGAAAAAAAAUCCUUC